CUGCUUCCUUCCCAAGGCCCUGAGUUUGCAGCCCCCGGGCUCACGAAGGUCAGGAGUGAGAGUUGUGCCGAGGGAAGCUGCCUGGACUGCACUCGGCAAGCAUGGCGCUGCUGAAGGUCAAGUUUGACCAGAAGAAGCGGGUGAAAUUGGCUCAAGGGCUCUGGCUCAUGAAUUGGUUCUCCGUGUUGGCUGGCAUCAUCAUCUUCAGCCUAGGGCUGUUCCUUAAGAUCGAACUGCGGAAGCGGAGUGAUGUGAUGAAUAAUUCAGAGAGCCAUUUUGUGCCCAACUCCUUGAUAGGGAUGGGGCUGCUGUCCUGUGUCUUCAACUCUCUGGCCGGCAAGAUCUGCUAUGAUGCCCUGGACCCUGCCAAGUACGCCAAGUGGAAGCCCUGGCUGAAGCCAUACUUGGCUGUCUGUGUCCUCUUCAACAUUGCCCUCUUGCUGGUGACCCUCUGCUGCUUCCUCAUGCGGAGCUCACUGGAGAGCACCCUGGCCCAUGGGCUCAAGAAUGGCAUGAAGUACUACCGAGACACAGACACCCCUGGCAGGUGUUUCAUGAAGAAGACCAUCGACCUGCUGCAGAUUGAGUUCAAAUGCUGUGGCAACAAUGGCUUUCGAGAUUGGUUUGAGAUUCAGUGGAUCAGCAAUCGCUACCUGGACUUUUCCUCCAAAGAAGUCAAAGAUCGCAUCAAGAGCAAUGUGGACGGGCGAUACCUGGUGGAUGGUGUUCCCUUUAGCUGCUGCAACCCCAGCUCACCACGGCCCUGCAUUCAGUACCAGCUCACCAACAAUUCGGCACACUACAGCUAUGACCACCAGACAGAGGAGCUCAACCUGUGGGUGAACGGCUGCAGGGCCGCCCUGCUGAGCUACUACAGCAGCCUCAUGAACUCCAUGGGCGCUGUCACGCUCCUCGUCUGGCUCUUUGAGGUGACUAUCACGAUUGGCCUGCGCUACCUACACACAGCACUGGAAGGUGUGUCUAACCCUGAAGACCCUGAGUGUGAGAGUGAGGGCUGGCUUCUGGAAAAGAGCGUGUCGGAGACUUGGAAGACCUUUUUGGAGAGCCUGAAAAAGUUGGGCAAGAGUAACCAGGUGGAAGCCGAGGGUGCAGAUGCAGGCCAGGCCCCAGAGGCUGGCUGAUGGCCCUGGGGCCCCCUCCCCUCCUGAACACUGAGAAGUAGUGGACUCCAAGAAAGCGGAUAACCC